AUGGAUUAUAAAUAUUAUUGCGAAUCUUCGGACAAAGACAUCUUUAACUUCCUCACUAGACUUAGUGGAACGUCACUUGCACUUGUUAUCUUUUCUAUUCCAUUUUUUUGGUCUGAUAUGAAAAGUAUAUCUGAAUACUGGAAUCGAUGGACUAUUUUUCAGGUUUGUAAUAUGAAUAAAAAUUGGAAAUAGCAAAUUAUAAACGGUGUUGUGUACAAAUAAAUUUGAAAAUAUCCAAAUAAUCAGCGGCGACUUUUUAUCUAGAAAAGUUGUUUGGUUGAGUGACUUAAUAAUUAUAAUAGGUACCUAUCCUACCUUUCAUAUUUUAUAAUAAAUAUAUUAACUAUGUACCAAUCAAGAGGAUUAACAUUUAGAUCUAGAGAAAACACAACACUGUUUGUACAUUUAUUUUAUAUUGUGUACCUAUAUAAUUUAGCUAUAUUAAUAUAUAAAAUACUAUAUGUAUUCUGUGUAGGUAUAAACUAUAAAAUAUAUUCAUUGGCGUGUAUUGGAUUUAUUUUCUUUUGGGGAGGGGCGCCUUGAUAAUAUUCUUCCACAGACAUCAUCACAUAUUGAUUAUAAACUAACGAUAGGUUCAACGCCCCCUCCCCUAUACAUUCAUCAGAGUUGGAAGAGGGCACUGAAUUUCCUGAAUACGCCAUUGAAUUUUUUAUCUCUUUACACGUGUUUACAAUAAUUACUGGACAUUUUGUUUUUUUAGCAAAAAUUUGAAUCGUGUAUGCAUAAACCCAUACAGUUCAAUAUAACCAAAUUAGUGUGGGUCGUGACAAUAGUACCCACCGCCAUAAUGACACUUAAUAUUGGAACGAGCGGAUUAUUUGUCAAAGUGUGGAAAAUAUCGAAUUCUAUUAUGUUCAUAAUCAUAUUCGGCAUUAUAAAUUUAUCUACCGGAUAUUUUUAUAUCAACUGCCAUAUAUUCCGAAAUAUGAGCAAAGAAAUAAACCAGCGUAUUAUGGUUAGGACCUUUAUGUAACAAUCAUUUUAUUAUAUUAUAUUAUUUUAUAACAAAUUAUUUUGGUGAUUUUUAAGAAAUCCCGAAACUGUGUGUGUUUUUUUUUUUUUUUUAAUUCACAGAAUUAAUAUAAUAGUAGGAAUCUAUUCAACAAUAAUAUUUUAGAUGUUUAUCGAGGAAUGCAUAUUUUAUAAUAAUUUAUUAUAUUUAAGUGUUUAAAUAUUGAAUAGGAAUUGAUCGUAACCAAAGGAACCACAACCAGGUUUAGGGAGCACGUAGAACUUUGGUGUUACAUGUCUGAUCUGAUAACAAAUUUCGGCACAGUCCACGCCGGAAUGUUUUGCUCUGUAGCACUUGUCAUGUACGUAUCCAGUACUAUUACUUUGUUCUUAUUCUUCAUGAUUCUAUUAAGCACAGAGAAACAAUUGAUCACUGCAGUAUUCUUACCGGUUGUCUACACUAAUUCAAUACUAAUGGUAUACAGCGAAGCUGCGUAUAUAGCCAUCUCGGAGGUAAUAUUAUUCGAUUGACAAAUACCUACAUAAUUUUAUUUUCUGUUUUAUUAAAAUUCCAAAUUGUGGUAAAUAUCUCUUCAGAUAGGACCGAAAUUGCAGUGGAAAAUUCUUAACUCCUGUGUACACGGCCUUGUGAAACAGACUCAACGAGAAGUAAGUUGUAAUUUAUAAUUAAAUUUUUUCGCCCUCGCGUCCAAGUAAAUUUAUCAUAAUUAGUGUUCAAUUUACAAAUUUUGAUUUUUAAAUAGAUCUGAAACUGUUGAUGAAUGUGUUAUUAGUGUAGUAGGACAGUUGAAAAGAUAGAAUACAUAGUUAUUUAAUUUAUAUCUGUAUGGAACAAUAAAUUAGCCCUAACCAAAUACGAUUCUGCGCAUAAUAGCUUAGACUUCAAUAUAUAAGGAUAAUUAGAGGAACAUUAUUGGAACAAUUGUUCUAGAAUAAUGUUACGAGUGUCUUUAGAUACUGAACAUAAUGACUAACGAGGGAAUAUAUUGAUUUUUUUCUAUCUGUAAAUCACUUUUUCACAAGAAAUAUUGUACCAAUUUUAAAGUUUACCAUAUUUCUGAAGGAAAAUUGAAUUUGGUUGGUGAAUUGGGAGCCUAUUUUUCAAUUUUUCUUGUAGUUAAUUUUGAAAAAUAAAAAAAUAUACUACAAUAACGGUUUCAUUAUUUUUUAUUUGCUAUCUAUUUUAAAAAUUACGGUGUUUUGAAACAUAUACAAUUAAAUUUCUUUCCAAGUCGCUUUUCGUUAGUAAUAGUUUGUUAUUAUGUAUCUACUCUAUAUACCUUACCUUCUCAAAUUUUCUCUUACAACAGUGGUAUAUCCAUUAGCAGCUUGUAACAGCUGUUUUGUUUUUUAUUCUGUAGCUGUGAAAAAAUUUUCUACCAGAAAUCGUACUUUAAUUUUCAACUGUAGCAUCUUUUUCAAAAGCAAAUUUUAUCUUGAAGAUGUAUUAAAGGAAUGAUUUGCCUUGCUGUUUUCUAAUAAUUGGAGAACAUUUUUAUAGUUUGUGUGUGUUAUUUCUUGUUAUACAAAUAUAUUGUUUAUUACGUCAGGUGUAAAAAAAAUGAGAGGGAAAAACUUCUUAGAUAACGAAAAUUAAAUUAUCAUUGAUUCGUAAUAGUGCGUACAAAGAUAUAAAGGUAUAAAUGUAAUUAAAUGUAUUAAAAUAAAUAUUCAUAUCCAAGCCAGAAAAAAUAAUUUAAAAUAAAUGCAAUAUAUUUAUUAUAAUACAGUCAUCGAGAUAGGUAAGCAAUUUUGUUUAUAUAUCGUGAUGUAUAUAGGUAAAUCAUCGAUUGAUAACAUAUUUUAACGAGUCAUUAACAUAAAUAGAGCCGAAAUCGGAUAAUUAACUAAUGGGCCGUGAUUUUGUGUUUUUUGACAAAUUUCCCAAUUAACUGUGUUGGCGGAUCUGCCGAUGUAUGAUGAAGUGUUAGAUUAAGCACCUACAGUAAAUUAUACAAUUAUUCAUUCCAGGUACAAGAUUUUUUAGAAUUAAUCCAGAUUUAUACUACUAUUAAUUUUGGUGGUUUUUGUGAUGUCAACAGACAAUUUUUUAUUAACGUAAGUAUAGAUAUUAUGCUCUGGCUAAUUAUAUACCGUUAUAUAACAAUUAAAUUCCAUAUAUCUCUAUUUUUAUGGUUUAUUUAUUUUUAUUAUGGUCCAACGUUUAUUUAUAAUGAUAUUGAGUAAAAUUGAUUUUGAUUUUUUCCCCGUCAUUACAGAGUUGUUUUACCCUUGCUGUGCUGUUUUACGAAUUUUACCCUUAUUGUACAAACCGUAAACAAACGUAAACACUUAUCUAUAAGCGUUUAAUUUUUAACCCUCUCCUUUCAACUCAGAUUUGAAAAAUAAAAUAUCAAUCCGUUUUAUUAUUCAAACGAAUUAAAUAAAAUACCAUAAUGUUUUUAUUUUUCAGUCUUUCUUCGCCGUGGUUUUUAACUUGGUCGUUGUAUUUCAAUCUCAAAUAAUUCCAAAUCAAUAUACGACAUAAUGGUUGAAGAUUACUUGUUGAAAUUUAAACAUACGAGUAACGAGUAUAUUAAUUUAUUGUAUAAUGCAUAUUUAUUUGCUUUAUUAUCCAUUGAUUUAUUUGAAUACUGUAGUAAUAAUAGUUGAAUAAAGGAAAAAAAAAUGACAAUCGGUUGGGAAUUAUUAUACAUUGUGUUACAAGGAAAUAUAUUUUCCAAUAUUAUUGAUACCUAACAGGAAUCAUAGGCAUCUUUACGGGGUAGCGAGGGGUAGACACCUACCUCACCAUUUUUAAUGGAGUAGCGAAAUAACAGCUACGCCAUCUUACGAGUGGGUUGUAGCAAAAUAGAACUGUACGAGUCUUAUAUUUUUUAUUCGGAAUAUGAUCACGACAAAUAUAUCUUAUAUGAUAAUUGAUAGAUACAAUUUUAAUAGUGUUAUCGGCUACAUUUUAUGUAUAAAGCCGGUUUCGUAUCACGCGAACAUUCCUCGAAAUUCAUCGCGUUUGAGAUAAUAUUCAACAUUUAAUCUAUUUUUAGCGAAACUAAAUGUUUGUUUUUUACAAGAAACGGUUUAUCGUCGACAACGAUCGGGGACACACAGUGGGGUGUUUAUACGAAAAGGCUGGCCGAAAAUACCCAUUUUAUGAGCUUAUUUGAAAUUAAUCUAAAAACAAUUUCUGGUUAUAAUUUUAUAGUUUUAGAUUCUGAUCGGAACGAAGAGGCUUAUGGUUUUACAAAGACGUUUAUUUAUUUUUUUUUUUUUAUCUGUGCGCAACUUUUCUACCAGAAGAUUUGUUCCGAUUUUUAAGUGUAGCAUUUUUUCUGAAAGGAAAUCAGUGUGGAGAGUUACAUAAUUUUUCGAUUUUCUCAGGAGUUUUCUUGUCAAAUUCGAAAAGUUGGGAUAAAACAUGGGAAUACCAGUAAAAACGUAGGAAAACUGGGAGAAUCGAAACAACAUUAAAUAUAACAUUAUUAUGGUUGCUUACAGGCAUACAUUAAAUUACUUGUAACAGUGGCUGCACCCUAUCCCUACUAUCCUCGGACAGCUUUUUGUCUAUGAUAUAUUUCGUCAACGUCGAAAAUUAAAGUUUCUGAAGAAUAAUUUGAUAUAUAUAUAUAUAUUUUUUUAUCUUUGUUAAUGAACUUGUUUGAGGACUCUUAUUUUUAUCUAUAUUUAUGUUUUAUAAUAUAUCUUUACACAACACACGGUUACAUCUUGUAAACGUAUAAGUUAUAACUGCGGGUACAAUUAACACACGGAACCAUAAACAUGUAUGCAAUCUCCCCCACUAACCAAUAGCUGUUUGCUUUCUACUCGGCGAAAGAGGGAAAAACUAUUGAUGGCGAUUGUUGGCCGCAACGCGCGCGUAUUGCUCGUCCUGCAGUGGUGACACGGUGCUCGCCCCGAGACGAUUGGCUGUGCGCGGAACACGAACGACGGCCGGAGACGGUAACAUGACAACACGGUGAAUCGGUGCAUGUACGAUCGCUGUUAACGUACGGUAUGGUAGAAUAAUAUUUUUGGGCAAAUUGCAACAAAAAUGUAUUUUACCCCGCGUUUAAUGUAAACGCGCGAAAUUUCGGUACCGAGUGCCAAAAAAGUCAUUUCUUUGAGUUUCGAAGUAUUUUCACACUGCGCGUACCUGGGUAGUGUGUAUAUAGACUUCGAUCACCCGAAGCGCGCAGACUCCACGCGAAGACGCGGUAAGUGCACUGCCUACCUUUAAUUUUUUUUUUAAAUACAUAGUCAUUCGUCGAUUUCGAAUACAUUUCAUAAACUGACUUCUAAAUUGCGUGUACCUGAACGUAGAACACGAAAUCAUUCGGUGUCGUAUUUACUACUUAGCGUACCAAUGUGAUAAUUUCAGUUUUUCACAAAAACGUUACGUCUCGAACACAUUUUUUCAUCCGUUCGAUUCACGAUUAUUUCCGUGCACAUCAACGCGUUCUCAUUUCUGCAAAGGUCCUUUGAGCCUUCGAGCCCCGUGUCAUCUAUGAUAGUUUUAGGAACACAGUACACACAAAAGUUACUGACAUUUGUAUCACGCACCAUUGAACUUCCGUCGGGUUUCAUCGGUCAAUUCCAAUUUGUUUUGUUCAUAAUAUUCACAUUAACGCAUAUUUCAACGUAUCAUAACCAACUUCAACGCUUAUGUCAGAUAUGCGUCUAUGAAAUGUGCCCGAACGGGUACUUACCAUUUCCUCUCAAAUGGUGAUUGGUUAGGUUAUAUUCUCUACCUAACAUAAUCUAACCUCAAGUCUGUGUGACCGACCGAAAAGGCGUACGUUUUCGUCGGACGCUAUCUUCUUAGAGGCCAUGGUAUUUUAUGUAGAUGAAUUACGUACAGACGAACGUAGUGCAGUAGGUUUAAUUUUAGAACACAAUUUUUAUUUUAUUAUAUUUUUUCUGUAUGAUUUUACAAAAAAAAAAAAAAAAAUGUAUAUUGUUGUCAACGAUUUUGAUUUUUUUUUUUUCGUGUAAAGUGAUAUCCGUGAUGAUAAUUCGACACGUUAUUUCACCACUAGUCACGGUGGUGUUAUUUCGUAACCCGGGACAUGAAAAAAAAAAAAAAAAAAAAAAAAAAAUAGGAAGGUAGAAUAAUUUAGUUAUUUUUUUCAUUUAUUAAAUUGCAUUAAUAAUAAUAAUAAUUUAUCAACGAAAAAUCCGUCUUUAUACCUGUACACAACGAUACAUCAUUGGUGACGUCUGGACGGAAUUCAGUUUGGUAAUCAUGUGUUGAUAAAUUACCAUCGAAAAUUGUAUUCAUUUUUCAUAUAUUUUUCUCAUAUUUGGUAAUCUAACCUCGGAGAAAAAACGAAGAAAAUGAUUCACAAUUCGCCAGCCACAAUGAAAGUUUUUUUUUUAAAACUUGUUUUCAUUGCAUAAUUUUAUAAUAACCGUAUGCGCUUUAUAAUAUAACAUUUAUUAUAUCAGUUUACGUAAUAAAUUAAAAUAGUUAUUGAUUCUGGUUUUUAAAUUUUUUAAAUGUUAAAAACGUUCUCCGAUAAAUCCCCUCUCCUUGGCUGAGGUUGAUUUUAACUAGUGGGACUAGGUUUAUUCACCACGGGCCGUAUUAAAAAAUAUAGAACGUAUAAUGAUCGUACAGGGCAGGGCUCUAGUAAUUACGAAAAGAAAAGAAAAAAAUCAAAAAUAUUGAACAGAACAAGAUUUAUUUCAGGUGGUAGAUGUCUGUGUUAGUGGCCCAGAGACCGGAGCCUUUACGAUUUCAAGGGUUUCGGUUCUUAAAAAAAAAAAAAUCUAUUAAGCGUUCCGGUCUUGUGAUUUUUAAAGUGUCCCGGUCAUUUUCGGCACGGCCUUUUAAGGUUCCGGUCCCUUUACACCUUGUAUAAUUAUUAUACAAUACGCGUCGCAACGUAAUUAAAUAACGUUACCGGUUUUUGCUAUUUCGUUUUCCCGCAGGCCUGUCUAUAUCCACGUCAUCGUGCCCUGCAAUGGCCGCGUAUUCGUACGCCGAAUCGACCACGGCGCUAUUGCACCGGGAAGUCGCGGAAAUGGAGACCACCACCACGCUGCCCGCGUCGCCCGGACGACUGGUGUCGGUCGAUUAUCCGUUCGCGGCCAAAAAGAUGUCGGCGCCGGCGACCGCAUCAACCGCGGCAACGGCGGUCGAUUACGCGGUCAAGAACGUUUCGGUGACCCUGUGCCAUCCGUCCGCCGGUAUACCGUCCGUUGACGAAUACUUCACCGGUAAGUCGAAUUCGGAUAUCCGUGAUAAAAUCGCGCGUGCGGCCAAUAGCCGUACACAUAUAUGGGGCUAUAUAUAUAUAUAAUAGCCAUAUAUUUAUUAUAUACUAUGUACGCGCACACAAAAUAUAUAAUACAGGGGCGUAUAGAAGGAGGGGGGACGAUAGAGGUGAUUGCCCCUGGGCAUUGUUGAAUUUGUUUCGCGUACACCUGUACUCACUUAUUUUUAUUAUUAUCAAUCGAAAAUUUAGAAAAAAAAAAAAUGUUACUUUUUUUUUUUUGUGCGGAAAUGGUUAUCGAAAAAAUGUCAAGAGAUUGACAAGAGAUUGGGGAGAUAUUGUAGCUAUCAUCGACACAAUAUAUACCCACGGUCGAUUAUAAUAAUUAUAUUGUGAUUGUCUGUACUCCGCAACCAUGGCCGGUGUUAUUAACACAUACUGUGUUCGGGGAAUGAUACCAUAGAGCUGUAAUAACCAUAUCAUAACAAAAAUUGAUAAGCUUUAAUGGAAUGGCGGCCACGGUAGUGCGAGUACAGUGCUGCAGGUCUGCAGCAGUUUUCUACUUCUAUAACUAAUAAUUUAUAACUAUGAUUAAAGUUCGAAUUUCGCGCUCCCGCCCCGCCCCCCUACCCCCCGGAAGAGGAGCUGAAUACGCCCCUGAUAUAAUACAGCGAGGCCUAUUUGUCGUCAUUUUUCGUACUACGGUCCUCGAAAUACUAAUAAAUUUAUGACGAAAAUGAUAGAAAACCAUCAUCCAAAAAUGUUUUUUAAGAUAUGUCGUUCCGAAAAUUAAUAUCAAUUUCACCGCACAGUUUUUAAUAUUUGCGGGUAUUGGAAAUCGUUAGAUAUUGAACUAAUACGUAAUUUGAUAAUAUGUUUAUAGGCUGUUAGCUAUCUUUAUUAUUUUUGUGUUAUAAAAGUACAGAUUAGAUCAAAUUGUAUAAAAUUAUAAAUUGUAUUUACAAAUAUGUUGGCUCUUGAUAUCAUCGCAUUUAUAUAUUAUGUGGCUCGCGAACAUACUCGUGUUGGCCAUCCCUGUAAUAUAGCUAAAUAACUGUAUAAACUGCGUAAUCAAUAAAUGUAUCUAAUAACAUACACUAUUAUUGCAAUUUAUUAUGACCUUUUAAUAGUAUAUUUACGGGAAUUUUUUCUGAAUCAGCAUUCCUCUGCACACGUAGUGAUUGUAAACAAUAAUAUUCUACCAGAAAUCUUGCUUCGGUCAUCGACUUCAGGAAUGGUUGAAAUACAUAUUUUUUUUUUUAUUAUAGUAGUAAAUUUUGACAAUAAUCAGUGAACGCUGGGACGGUCAUUUUUUGAUUUCACUUGUACUUUUCUUAAUAAUUGAAGAAGAAAUGAGUAUUUAUUUUACUAUAAUUGGCAUGUAUUUCCGUGAAUAAAGAUUAUUAUGUCAAUACGAGAAAAUGUACGUAAUAAACGGGUUCUGUUAUUUUAUAUUUUGUUUUUUUUUUUUUUUUUUUUUUAUUAAAAAUAAUCUGGGUAUUUUUAAAAGUUGUCAAAUAUAUUCGGCGAUGUUUGAGUUAUUUAUAAACAUUUUAAAUUGUCGUUUUUUUUUUCUUCUUCGUAUAGCUAUUAUUGUUUCGACUCGGUAAAAAUACUCGAUAAUUUAACAAGGUAUUCAUCAUGGGUUGUACUUAGUGGUUAAACAAAUUGUGAAAAUUUUAAAGUUUAAUAUACUUUGUAUACGUUGCGUACUUUGAACAAUUUUCAGAUAGAUUGGAAAAUACCAAUUUAGGUGUUCUGUGUUACGAUACGAAAAUGUGACGUUAAAUUUUGUUUUGUUCCAGUUAAUAUAGUUCCUAUUCUCUACGAAUAGCUUGAAUUAUAGAAUUGCAAUCAAUAAACCGCGAUGUCCGCAAUAAUAAACUAUAGAAUUAUUAUAUUUUGUAACAAUAUACAGCAGUGGUCGCCGCUUAAUGGACACGCGGUUAAUCGACUCGUUCGUCCGUCAGACCCAAACAGACCAAGUCCCGAUUUGCGCGCACACGGAAAAAUAUUCGCUUAUUAGACUCACUGCACCGGUUACAAGGGCCGUUUAACAAUACGAUAAAUCGACAAGUAACGAAAAUCGAAAAAAAACUCGCUGUUUGACGCGAAGCUUACGGUACCGGUAUUUCAUCGUCGUCAUAGAGAUAAUAACUGAAUUAUCUUUUCGCGAUAGCGUAAUGUACGUACAACAAGUCAAUGACGACUCAACAGCCGUUGGUUUUUCAAUCUAUUCACCUGUGCAACUGGCGUUGUGUAAUCCGGCUUGACCCGUGUUACCACGAAUAAAAUAAACGCAGCGAUACGAAUGCGGGUGAAAAAUUGCACUUUUAACCUUUAGCCCUCAAAAACUAGACAAACUUAACCUGUAAAGCGGUACUCAGCAGUAUUUGCGAAGACGGGAAAACUCAAUCAACUCUGUUCAGUUUUAUACCAAAAAUGAAUUGGGUAGAAUUUUUUAUUUAAGUACAUAAUACACACAAUCAAUUACAGUAUUUCCAUUUUAUACAUUAAUUUAGUCUCAAUAAAUAUUUUAAAAUUAUUUCAAUUUGUGCACGUAUGGAAUUUUUUUUUUUUUUGAGGACCUUUAGCCUUAUUCGCUCAUUCGGUUAAUUGACUCAAAUGGUCUGGUCCCAAAGUGAGUCUAAUAAACGUCGACCACCGCAAUUGUUUAGUGAUUAGUAAUCGCGGGAUGGAAUUGCACAAUAUAAUGGACCACAGUAAUGAGUAUGUUUUUAAAAAAAAAAACCUACGGUUUUCUAUUGGCUAUAAUUUAGCGCGAAUAUUCGCGAAUGAUAGGUACCGAUGUCCGUCUACGACUAUGAUGGGCAAUGAUGCUACGAAAAAAUGAUUUUUUAUCUCGACUUGAAUAUAAUUUCCCCCUCCCCCCUUUUUUUUUUUUUUUUCCUAAAACUUGGCCGCGAGAACGAAAUANAAAAAAUGAUUUUUUAUCUCGACUUGAAUAUAAUUUCCCCCCCCCCCCUUUUUUUUUUUUUUUUCCUAAAACUUGGCCGCGAGAACGAAAUAAAAAAUCACGACGGAAAAAAAUGAAAUUCGUUGCAUAACUAAUGCGCGCUUAUUAUGUAGGCACAGUACACAUUAUACACAUUAUUUUAUUUGAUUUUUUUUUUUUUUCCCCCGCGAACAAUAUCUCCGGAGUCGCGUGAAUUCUCAUAGCCCUUGCACGGUCUGCGGUCGUUUGGACACGGAAUUACGAACAUUUCAAGGUUUUCCACGGCCACGGCAACGUUUUCUUCGCGUAUCCUCCAACGGGUAUCACACAUCACGCCGCGUUUACCCAUUGGAUCACGGUCGUUUGCACACUCCGACCAUCCGACGUACGCCAAACCCGCCCCCCCCCCACACCCGUACGGUUCGUGCGCACACCUUCGCGCCGGCGGAGACGUGUUGCGCGUGGCGAACUCAAUGUUAUCGCGCGCUACCGUACGCGCGCACCCGCGUCCGGCGUACGUACCGAUAACAUUUAUACGUACGAUAUCCGUCACUCCGCGGUUCUCAUCGGUCGCCGCCGCGUGUACGGUUCUGUUGCGCAACCCGCGACCGCGGCGCGGUGUCAUCAUCCGAACGCGCGCAAUCGGCGCGGCUUAACGACUCCCGAACACCGGCGUGUACACUCGUACGUAUCGUUUCACCGUCGGCUUAUUAUAUCACGCGCGCGCGCGCGCUCGUUAUCACACUCGCACGCGUCCGCCGCGGAGCCGUACGGGCAUGGUCAACGGCACGUACGGUGGCGAUUUGCAGCGGACAAACCACUUUCUAGUUUCUCUCGAUCGCUCUGUCUCCGUCUCUCUCUCCCACUAGUCAAUUCUCACUCCCCCCCCCCUAUCAAUUUCCGCACGCACGUUAUUACACCUAUUACCGAAUGUAUGACAGGUCUCCGUAAUAUUACGUCACCGAGUAUUAUAGCCUGCUGCUGCUAUACUACUGCAGUCGUCGUCAUUGUCUUAGAGUAUUAUUAUUUUUUUUUUUUUUAAUUUUGAAUUUACAUUUCGUAUAGAAAGCACCCGGAAAACGAAUAUAUUAAAACGAAUGUAACGAAUCCGGGUGCUUUAAUCUCGUAACUUCUAUUGGCAUCUCCGUUACGAGAAAUUCAAUUACGGCAAUGCUCGUCGUCUGAACCUGCAAUGCCCAUCAAUUGUUUGCGAUUUCCUCGCGUUCUCGUUUUCAUCUUUUCGCGAAAAAAAAUAGUACCUAACCUUCACCGUGUACUUUACGCUUUUGAAUAAAUUAUAGUCGCCGACCAAAAACUAUACGGCCGUGGUUAUGGUUCUGUGGGCUGAUUUAUCGAAAAUAUAUUGUUUCCAAAUAGCAUUUUCAAUAACACAGCUAUGCUGUCAAAUGGGAAUGUGGUAAAUAUUACACCAAGUAUUGACUUCGUUUUAUUAUACUGAUUUUUAAAAUUGUUAUAAAACAAAUUUGUUUAACUAUUGAACAACAGGCCAUAGAUAUUUAUAAUUUACUCCUCGUUGCAGGGAAUAUAAAUCCAUCGACGUGUGCCCUUAUUAAAAUAUUUAACGAUUUACAAAAGUGUGUGGGUCUAAUAAAAAUGAUACUUUAGAUAUUUGUUAUCGGAAAACUUACAGAAUAAUAUGUACGACGCUCGACGGUACCAAAUAAUAAACUAUUUAAAUUUAAAUAGGCGUAAAUUAAGUUACUUAGACCACAGUCGUCUAAAUCUCUUAAAUAAGUGCUUGAGGUUUAUGAAUCUAGAACAUUCCCCUUCCGCAUACUUCGGACAUUACGUUUAAGUGUUGAGUCAAUUUAUUUGUCCAACACGAGGGAUAAUCCAUAUUCCAUAAUCCAUAGGUAUUGAUACCUACAUAACGACGGUGGACACGUUUAAUUAAACACAUUCGCCCUUUGAUGGUUUUAACUUUCAACUAUAGAAGUAUUGUGGUCAUAAUCUUAAUAACCGCAUCUAGAAUAAUCACUACUAUCAAUUUAUUAAUUACCUGCCUAUUUGUCCAAUAAAAUUUCAAAGCUCACUGUUCACAAUUUAUCGAUUUUUAAUUGCUGAGACUAACGGUCUGAUAAGUAAAUAAGUCAGUAAUAUUGAUAUAGUGUUAUAAAUUAUAUUAUCAUACUGAUACAGACUGAUAAACGUAAAUAUGUAGCUUUUUAUAGUCAUAAUGGAACAAAUACAUUCGGGUAUGGACAGCGUAUUGUUGGCGAGUACGAUGCACGCGUCCAAUUUUAUAGAAAUCUGAUACAAGUUGAUUGUAGACAUAAAUGAUAAAAUAAUGAAUAGGCCAUUCCUUUUAACAGACCCGACACUUGUACACAUUUUUGUUCUAACUCGAGCAACUUGGGGUUUACACCCCAAUUAUACUAGGUACCUAGUAGCAUCUAUGGUUUUAUAACGUUAUUUUGGUUGUAGACACGGACACUGACCUCUAUGGAUACUCGCUGGAAACGUUAAUGCGCACAAUAAAAAUAGUUUGUCGUAGUUCAUAAUAUAACUACCGCGAAACUCGUAAAACAAAAACGAUCACGAUUGGCGUAUCUGUACAUAUACCAAUUAGCAAUCGCUAACUAAAAAGUAACCAUAACAGACAGCAGCAUUACCCAUACGUUUUUGUUUUUGUUUAAUGACAACACCAAUUAUAAUAUUUAUUACUGCGGUUUUUCUGCGCUCAUUAACUUAUACUGUUUAAAUUGGAGCGCGAUUGUUUUCGCAAAACAAAGAAACCAGUGCAUAUUUGGCUCUAUUUGUAUCGACCUGAUCAGGGUCACUACUCGGGACUCGGAAACUUAAUUCCAUACACGAAUUAUUCAAUAUUUUUUUUCUCAUUUCACGAUUCACUCCACGUAUGAAAUCCUAUUCUACGCGUGUUUCAAUAAUUUUAAUCAUCGGUUCGUGCCUCGUAACACAAUACACGCUGACAUCAACACGCCAUCAAUUUUUAAAUUGAAUUAUGUAGCGAUCGAAAAAAUGAUUCGGCGCAAUCGUAACAUUAACGAUCUAAUCAAUCAAUUAUUCUAAUCAUUAAUUAUGGACGGAGCCGCUCGUCUCGCCGCCGUAUCGACUCGCCACCGAAGAAAUUGGAAAACGCCAGAACAUUUUUAAAAUUUUUUUUUAAAACCGUUCAUUAUUAUUAUUAUUAUGAGUACCUACUCUAAAAAAUGUAUUACCUUUUCCUGCGCCUCCGGUCUAAAUUUCAAACUGUUAUAAACCUGUAUGGUUCAUAAACAGUAAUCCGUACCGAUAUUAGUGUCACUAGUUUAUUACGCAUGUCAACAUUUUAUGUUUAAAAUGGGAGAAUCCUAUUUGAAUGUCGGUAUAAACUUAUCUAAGGUGAUUAAAAAUAGUAUUGACAAAUACAAUUUAAAUUGUUCCAUAACGGUUGAAAAAAAAAUAUAAAUCGAAUUCACUUAAAAUCCUCCGAGAAUAUUACUGGUUCACGAUAAAUAGAUCAUAUUUUUACACUCUGUAUAAUAUGAUAAAAUAUUCAUGGUGAAAUAUCAAACGACAUGACGACGAGUCGGUCUCGCUGAGUCGGUCACAUAGGGGUUACGCGAGUAAUGGGGAGGAAAGACCUCUGAAUAAAAGAAAAAAAGUCAAUCUAUCGAGGUAGUGAUACAAGGUUGUAGUGAAAUAGGUUUUGUCUCAUUCAAAAAGUAGUUAAGUGUUAAGCAAUAAAAAAUAAAAGAGCCGCGUCGACCAUGAAAGUAGGAGUGAACUAGUGAAGUGAGGUAAAUGGACUUGAGAAAGAGCAGACUUGGCCAUAAUAUCACUAUUUUGAUUGGCCGACUUUUUUGGAUGGCGGUCUAGAACUUGGCCCUUUUUUCACUACAAGGUUUUUGUUGAGGAUACGCACUUUUUCUAAACAUCUAUUUUAUUCGAAAGAUCGUGAUUAUAGAUAUUUUAUAAACAUACCUCUAAUAUAAUAAUAUCUUUAAUCGUGUAGAUAUAUACAUGUACAAAAUAUCCAUAAUUUGAAUAUUUCUUUACAGCUAUAAACCUGACCGGAGUGGCGAUAUUCACAUUGGGUGCGGUAUGUGUAGCCCUGAUCGUCUAUCUUUACGUCGACACGCUCAGAUAUAUUAUCAAAAACGCGCCACCCAUGGUAAAAACACAUUCAGCAUUCAUUCUCAGCGUGUACCCGGUAAGCGGUUGUCGUCAUAUUAAUAGUCUGAUAUUGGUCGUUCGUGUCACAACAAACGAACCAACGCCAGUUUUUCUCACGUGUUCCGUAUUAAAUAACUAACAAUGUGUGCAUUUCGGUCCACCAGGUCGUUGCUGUAGCCACAUAUUGCGCAAUAUUGGUGCCCAGAGCCCAUCUGCUGGCCGAGGCCAUGACUCAGGGUAUGUUUAUGGCGUCCAUGUACCAACUGUUUUGCCUGUUUAUGGCCUAUUGUGGCGGUGAAGCCAAUCUCAUCGCCUCUGUUAAACCACAGUCGUUAGACAUGCAGGUUCCACCGUGUUGCUGUUGGCCGUGCUGCUGUUUUCUGCCAAAGUUCACACUUACAAAGUACAACGUCUUUUUACCCUCACCUGUACACGACUCACCGAACGCAUUUUACGUCCUUUUAACGACUGGCUAACACGUUUAUAACAGACUAGAUAAUUAAGAGAAUGCUCAGCUCGUAAUAUUUUCGCCGUAUUUAGAGGAAAACAUGAAUAUUUCAGAGAUUGAAUAACUCGAUAAGCAAUCUAUUUAUUUAUUUAUUAUUUUUUUUUUUUUCAAUAUACUCGUUCGCGUGCACAAAAUAAAAUCGGACGAACUUGGUUCGGAAGUUAUGGCGGAAAAAACUUAAAAGUUCAGUUUUCUGUAAUGUGCGUUUUACACGUAAACGGCUACAAAUAUACAUUUUCAAUGUUCGUAUUGACGAGUAUACAAAAGUGUUGCCGUGGCCCCGUUCUUAUUCAUCCAGUCGUUCUAGGUUACGCUAAGAUUUCGCAGUACCCGUACUCUAGUCGGGAAAAGAUUGAACCGCCUUCGCGCGUGAUCUGCCGCGCAAGUCCGGUUCAAUGAUAUUCGGCGCCGUUCUGUGACGGAACGUCGUCACUGCUACCGCCGUGCUCGCGGGGAAGCCCACGGGCGCGGUCGGCCGGCGGGAUAGUUUAAUAACCAGGAGGGACGCGCGAACGGAACGGACUUUCGGCGUCCGAGCGGUCCAGCCUUAUUCCGAAUAGAGCAUACCCACACUGGUUCAAUUUAGGUAUGGCGCGCACAUGCUGUUUAUUACUGCCACUGCGCCGUGCCUACCGAAUGGUUCUCUGCAAUUCGCCGUGCCGUUUCCUUUCUAGCGUCGCCCCGCUGCCUUCGAUUUAUAUGUAUACAUUUUUUUUUUUUUUUUUCAUUCAUACAGGAAACACUUGAGGUACUUACGAAUAUUAGUGUUACAACUGCCCGUCGUCCAAGGUUUCGUGUACAUGGUGUUGCUUGUCAUGUGGGCAGAAGAAGAGGUAUUCGAGUAUAGUCAUCGUAAUACUUAACACUGUUCAAGCACUAGGUGCUUGAAGUACCUGUUAUUUUUCAGUACAACAUUAACAUGUUUGUCUACCAAAAGUACCAGUAAUAUCGAAACGUAUUUCGCUUCCCCUCCCCGUGGCAUUAUCACUAUUCACUAAAUAUUUGAUACGUCAUCGUCAUAAUUUAUAGCAAUGCUGUAUGUAUCUACAGAAAUUACAAUAAAUUUUGUAUUCCUUUUUAAAUUAUAUCUGUACCCAAGAAUGUAUUUAAGUCGGGGCUGAAAACUAACGGCAAAUGACAAUUCCGAUUUCGGUUCACGUUUUCACAAAGAAAAAAAAAUUAUCAUUAAUAUUAUAAGUGUUAAAAAAAAAAAUGUGUUAUAUGGUUCAAACGAUUUUCUAUUUCGAACACUAGUGGAAGAGUAAAAAAAUUAACACAGACAGGGAAGGUGAGCCCUUCCACCACAUGCAUAUCGUGGGAAGAAAGACGGGUCUCAGGAAAUAUAAGUGACAAUGGAUAGUUACACCAUCUAUAUUUUUACCCCUCCCUCCCCCUUCAUAUAAAAUAUAGUUCCAAAGUCUAUAAAAAGUACAUUCAAAAAUAAAAUAAAACAAGAACUAAUAGUGGGGAUGGGAACGGCUACUAUUGUAAGUGAGAAGUUGGGAAGGUAGGAUACAUAAGAUUAUUUCAUUUAUAUCUGUAAGCAACGAUUACUUGACGAAAGACGAUUCGGAAAUACAUAAUUUUAAAUGUAUUUUUUUUUUUUUGCGAUUUUCGUUUAAAUUUGAUUUCAAAACGCUUAUUUUAAAAAAAAAAAGUCGUUCGAUAAUUUUGGAAAUUUCACUACACCUAGGCAAGUUCAAUAUAUACAAUUAAUAAGUUUUAAGUCUACGUGUAUUCCUAACUGAAUUACAUCAAAAAAACUCCCAAAAAUUAAAAUUCCUUAAAAGCUCAAAUGUGGCUCAAAGUGCGAAUUUUGUGCGUGAUUUUUAUUUGAUAGGUACUCAUGGAUGAAAUUGUUAGACUAAACAGAAAUGCUUGAAAUUCAGACAAGAGGUUCAUUAUAAGUGGUUCUUAAUAAUAAUAAUAAAAAAAUUGAGUACAUUGUAGUAAUUCAUUUUUAUAAUUUUUAAAAUUAAAUUUUGACGAAAAUCGUAAAUAUCACGACCUUUAAUUUCGCUCCGAAUCGUUUUUAGAUGGUUACGGGUAUAAAUUAAAUAACUUAAUGUAUCCCACCUUCUCAACUACUAUAUAUCGUAUAUUACACGAUAUUAUUUUAUAUUACGAUGCAUACAAUUUUCAGAGCUUGUACCAAGUUAACUACAUGUACAUGCAGCCAUUAAUCGUGAUUUCCAUUAUUUGUGGAAUGUGGGGAAUUUCGAUGACUAUGCGAGUGCUGGGAGAGAUACUCCAGGAUCACAAAAUCCAAGGGAAAUUCAUAGCGCUCCAGCUGGUGCUUGUGUUGGCCAAGUUACAGGGGCUCGCGUUCAAGACGAUGGUGUGGAAGGGAUGGUUGCCUUGUAAGCCUCCGAUUUCGCCAACCGUUUAUGCCAACCGUACGUAAACACUAUACAAAUUAACAGUUUAAUAUUCAAUCUUGCGCGGAGGCUGUUUAAUUUCCCCAACACGUAUGCGUACGUCCACGCGGAAAAACUACGCGAUCAGCAACUACGCACGGGCACGUGCAACCGACCUCGUACAAUAUUAGUCGUUUUUUUAGUUAUAAUACCAGCGCAUGCAUACCGGUUUGACGUUAUUGCGUAACAGCUAAAUAGAAACUCCGUCCGUAAAUUAACGCAAAACCAUUUAACCACAAACCUUUAUUUUUGCAGUUAUAUACAAUUUUACCAUGCUGUGGGAAAUGUUGCUGUUGGCCGCGUUGGCUAGGAAGCUCUACAAGAGACCGUUGCCGGACCAGUGCUUCGGAGAUCCACCGAAGAUCACGUGUUGCGUGGACUUGCCCAGCAACCAGGAAAACAACAACAUCAUAAACGGCACGUACAAUCAAUGCUUUGACAUGAACGCAUAA